GCCGCUGGGGGGCGUUCCCACCCUGGUCCUACCGGGUGGUCUAAUGGCGGAACCAGAACCGGGCUCCACCGCUGCCCGGUGCCCGGACGAGUCGUCGGACAGCGAGCCGGAGCAGGAGCCGGGAACUCCGCCGAAGCUCAUCCGGAAAGUGUCGACGUCCGGUCAGAUCCGCAGCCAGACGCUUCUGAAGGAGGGGAACCUGCUGAAGCAGACCAGCUCUUUCCAGCGCUGGAAGAGACGCUACUUCAAGCUGCGAGGACGGACGCUGUACUACGCCCAGACCGCCAAGUCCAUCAUCUUCGAUGAGGUGGACCUGACGGACGCCAGCGUGGCCGAGUCCAGCACCAAGAACGUCAACAACAGCUUCACGGUGAUCACGCCCUGCAGACGCCUGGUGCUCUGCUCCGACAACAGGAAGGAGAUGGAGGAGUGGAUGGCAGCGCUGCGCAGCGUCCAGAACCGCCACAACUACGAGUCCACCCAGUACAGCAUGGAGCACUUCAGCGGGCUGCACAACUGGUACGCCUGCUCUCACGCCCGCCCCACCUACUGCAACGUCUGCAGGGAGGCGCUGUCCGGCGUCACCUCGCACGGCCUGUCCUGUGAAGUGUGCAAGUUCAAGGCCCACAAACGUUGUGCGGUUCGAGCCACCAACAACUGCAAGUGGACGACUCUGGCGUCGGUCGGCCGAGACAUCAUGGAGGACGAGGACGGGGUGUCGAUGCCGCAUCAGUGGCUGGAGGGGAACCUGCCGGUGUCAGCCAAGUGCGGCGUGUGCGAGCGCACCUGCGGCAGCGUGCUGCGGCUGCAGGACUGGCGCUGCCUGUGGUGCAAGGCCAUGGUCCACUCCGCCUGCAGGGAGCAGGUGUCCAGCAGGUGUCCUCUGGGUCAGUGCAAGGUGUCGGUCAUCCCUCCCACCGCGCUCAACAGCAUCGACUCGGACGGCUUCUGGAAGGCCUCUUGUCCCCCGUCCUGCACCAGUCCUCUGCUGGUCUUUGUCAACUCCAAGAGCGGAGACAACCAGGGCGUCAAGUUCCUGCGUCGCUUCAAGCAGCUGCUGAACCCGGCGCAGGUGUUCGACCUGAUGAACGGAGGGCCGCACCUGGGUCUGCGGCUCUUCCAGAGGUUCGACACCUUCAGGAUCCUGGUGUGCGGAGGGGACGGCAGCGUGGGCUGGGUGCUGUCGGAGAUCGACGCCCUGAUGCUGCACAAGCAGUGUCAGCUCGGCGUCCUCCCUCUGGGCACCGGCAACGACCUGGCCCGGGUGCUGGGCUGGGGCUCGGCCUGCGAUGACGACACGCAGCUGCCGCAGAUUCUGGAAAAGCUGGAGCGGGCCAGCACCAAGAUGUUGGACAGGUGGAGCAUCAUGGUGUAUGAGACCAAGUUCCCUCAGAAACAUUCAGGAUCCACCGAGGACUGCGAUGGCGAUGACUCGGAGGUGCAGCAGAUCCUGACUUACGAGGACUCGGUGGCGGCCCACCUGACCAAGAUCCUGACCUCGGACCAGCACGCCGUUGUCAUUUCCUCGGCCAGGGUCCUGUGUGAGACCGUGAAGGAUUUCGUUGCUCGGGUCGGGAGAGCGUACGAGAAGAACACGGAGGGUUCGGUGGAGUCUGAAGCCAUGGCGACCAAGUGCUGCGUCCUGAAGGAGAAACUGGACUCGCUGCUCAGGACUCUGAACGAGGAGUCUCGGGCCUCCAGCGCCCCCCCCACCAUCGCCGAGGAGCAGGAAGAAGGCGACGGGCUGGUCUCACUGGCCCCGCCUCCCCCGCCCUGCUCCCCGCGGCCCCCCAUGUUCCGGCCCCGGGAGCAGCUGAUGCUGAGGGCCAACAGCCUGAAGAAAGCCAUCCGCCAGAUCAUUGAGCACACAGAGAGAGCGGUGGACGAGCAGAACGCUCAGACUCAGCAGCAGGUCUUUACUGCGGCUCACGGCCGGGGGGAGGAGGAGGAGGAGGAGGAGGAAGACGCUGAGACGCUGACGUCGGGCCAGAGCUACAAACAGAGACAUGGAGUUGGCAAGUCACCGUGUGAGAAGCUGAUCGGUAAAGGAAGUCUGCCGUUGGGCAGCUCUGCAUCACUUCCUGUUCAGGCAGGAAGUCAUGAGAAGAUGCCAAUGCUGAACACAAAGAUUCUGUACCCAGCUCUUCGCGCUGGUCUCUCCGGGUCCCUCUCCACCAGCGCUGUCAUCACGCGUCUCCUGGUCAACGCCGACCCCCUCAGUUGUGACCCAGAUAGCAUGGACUGCUACACCGAGAAAUGUGUGAUGAACAACUACUUUGGAAUCGGACUGGACGCCAAGAUCUCUCUGGAUUUCAACAACAAACGGGACGAGCACCCGGAGAAGUGCAGGAGCCGGACCAAGAACAUGAUGUGGUAUGGGGUCCUGGGCACCAAGGAGCUGCUGCACAGAACCUACAGGAACCUGGAGCAGCGUGUCCUGCUGGAGUGUGACGGGCGGCCCAUCCCGCUGCCCAGUCUCCAGGGCAUCGCUGUCUUGAACAUCCCCAGUUACGCUGGAGGAACCAACUUCUGGGGCGGAACCAAGGAGGACGACACGUUCUCGGCGCCGUCCUUCGAUGACAAGGUCCUGGAGGUGGUGGCCGUGUUUGGCAGCAUGCAGAUGGCUGUGUCCCGGGUCAUCAACCUGCAGCACCACCGGAUCGCACAGUGUCGGACCGUGAAGAUCACCAUCCUGGGGGACGAAGGCGUCCCGGUGCAGGUGGAUGGCGAGGCCUGGGUCCAGCCGCCCGGCUACAUCAAGAUCAUCCACAAGAACCGAACUCAGACGCUGACUCGGGACCGGGCCUUUGAGAGCACGCUCAAGUCCUGGGAGGACAAGCAGAAGGGCGAGUUCCUGCGCCCUCCUCAGUCCAGCGCUCCAACCCAUCCGGUCCCAGAGGAGGCUGCGGCACUGGUGCGGGAGUUCGCCCUGACAGCGGCAGCGCUCAUUCACAGUAUCCGGGAGGUGGCCCAGUCUCACCACCACAUGGAGCAAGAACUGGCCCAUGUGGUCAAUGCCAGCUCCAAGGCCAUGGACGUGGCGUACGCCGAGGACUCGGGGGAACUGAACCGCGGCGUGGUGGUCCACCUGGUGGAGAACGUCAAGGCCCUGCUGAGCGAAACAGAGUUGCUGUUGGCUGGGAAGAUGUCCAUGCUGCUGGACCCGCCCCAGCAGGACCAGCUAAACAUGGCGCUGGGUUCGGUGGUGCAACUGCUGCCCCGGCUGGCCGAGGUGCCUUGGCUGAAUUCUGUCGUCGACCUGCUGGACCAUGAGGGUCAGCUGAACGACUUCUCGAAACGAGGUCGCAGUGGGAAGUUCCGCCUGGUUCCCAAGUUCAAGAAGGACAAGAUGAACAAGAACAAGGAGGCCUGCAGCACGUGCUCCCUCCCAGUCCACCAGUGGGGCACGGAGGAGGUGGGGGCCUGGCUGGAGCUCCUGUGUCUGGCUGAGUACAAGGACAUUUUCCUCCGACAUGACAUCCAGGGGGCGGAGCUCGUCCACUUGGAGAGGAGGGACCUGAAGGACCUCGGGGUGACCAAGGUGGGCCACAUGAAGAGGAUCCUGCAGGGAAUCAGGGAGCUGAACAGGAGCAGCAGCGCCAGCGAAGCCUGAGCCGCUGACCUCCCGUGGAGCAAGCCUACCUCUGCUGCCCCGCCCCCUCACCUGAGGUGGUUGGCCUGACCUUGGAGAGGCGCAGGAGUCGGGGUGGCUCGAUGACAGCAUCGCUUCUGUCCUCCGACAAAUCUAUUUAAGACCUUUGACUUUUUUAUUGGCAAACGUGAGCUUUUUACUUCCGAGACUUGCUCUCGCCAGCUCCAACCCCUCGUGCCUUAGGUCUGCUCGGCAGCGCCCUCUGCAGGUCCAGCUGUCCAGCGGAUCAAUAAAGUUGGUGUGGCAACUUCAA